AUGGUUGUGCAGAAGUCCUGGGAGUCUUCCAUAGUAACUGCAUGGCCUGCAAAAAUGCAAGACGAUCGCAAUGCCCAGCAUGUCGUCGUCUCAUCUGCAGCUCCCCGUGCUGACCCGGACCCGUCGGAGACCCACCCCAUGGUAUCGACAGAGGCAUAUUCUUUGCGCAUGCAAUCACGAAAUAUACAACUUCAGCGGGAUUCAUCGCAUUCUAAUGACCAGGGGUCUAGUGAUAAUGGAACUGCCUCAGAUACCGUGCAGCCGGUGCAUUUGUCAAUAAAUGGACAAUCUGCAAGGCAUACAAUCCAGGCAAACGCAGGACCCGAGGAUUUGAAGGAUUACAUCCCCGUUGGAGUGCUUGGGCAAAAUGGUUCCACUAAUAAUGGGUCUCUGCAAAAGGAGAUCUCAUUAUUGGAAACGCACAAUUGGAUCCGCACGCACUUCCAGCACAAGGGAGUAAUCAGUGCGAAUCUUCGAGUCUACGUGGACCCAAGAAUGGCCAGUCGCUACAAUUCGCAGCGUUCAGUCACAAAGCUGCGUGCAGCUCUGAAGAGUGUGAUGGGCGCACUUGACCGCUGCCCUGAAGCAUGGGAAGGCUGGCGCCCUCCCCAAACUCCAGACGGGGACCUGGCAAAUGGUGCAGACGAUGAGUCGCUUUGGUACAUGUUCAAUACACUACAGGAUCCAAACCCACAGGUGAAUAAUAUGAAGGAAGAAUGGUCGCGACGCGCAAUGGAACUUUUGUUAUCUGAUGAAGACUUUUCGGACUUGGGUCUCAAGACUCGCUUGUAUCCAUACCAGCGCCGCUCAGCGGCAACUAUGAUCCAGCGAGAGGCGCAGCCGGCUCAGAUGCUAGAUCCUCGUCUCCAGGAGUGCAAAAGCCCCACCGGAGCGGUGUAUUAUUACGAUAAAGAAGAUGCGCAUCUUACUCUGGACAAAGUUUUGUAUUCAGAAGCUUGUGGAGGAAUUCUGGCCGAGACAAUGGGCUGCGGCAAAACCCUCAUAUGUCUUGCUGUGAUAUGGGCAACUCGUGGGCAUUUCCCCCGGAUCCCGAUCGAGUAUAUUGCAACUCCAGAUAAACCUGAUUUGACUCCUGUCAGGGAGAAAACUGGAUCUCUGAUGACAAUGGCGGCUGCAGCUGUGGGUCGGAAUUCGGAGCCCUGGAAGACCUUUUUCUUGGAGAAACAGCAGCAGGGUGCCUUCUACGACCGGUGCUUAAAGGCAUGCGAGGCAAAUCGCGGCUUCUAUGAAAUUCCUCCACACCAAACCAGAUACCAAGGCCGGCAUAGCGGAUCAUAUCCACGGCCGCCAGCGAAACGAAUCCGCCUCUGCUCGGCGACACUUAUUAUCGUUCCAAACAAUUUGAUGGACCACUGGCAGCGGGAGAUAAAUACCCACAUCGAAGGACUCGAUGUCCUUGUUUUACGACAGGGGUCCGACAAGACCCCUUCGGCUGAUCAACUAUUGAACUAUGACAUUGUUCUUUUUUCGAAGUCGCGCUUUGAGCGUGAAGCGGGCGAGCCAGUUCAUAAUCGUCGCGAUAGAUUGGUGCAGAUUGAUUCACCUCUCACACAGCUCCACUGGCUGAGAGUGAUUGUGGACGAAGGACAUAAUGUUGCUGGGCAUGGCUCAAAAACCAAUAUGAUUCAUAUGUUGGGACAAUUGCAUUUCGAGCGCCGUUGGGUCAUUUCGGGUACUCCUUCAACUGGCCUCUAUGGUGUCGAAGUGAGCCUCGCCUCCCAAGAAGCGAAUACCAGUGAUACCGAGGCCUCUGAAGAAAUGACUGCUGCAGCUCUACGGGGUCGAAAAAAGACCGGAAAUGCAGCAGAUAACGAAUUGAAGGAUUUGGACCGACUACGAAGAAUCGUGAUUGAAUUUCUAGGCCUGAAACCAUGGGCGAACUCACGGGCCGAGGACCCCGCGGACUGGACUAAGUAUAUCAAGCCUAUUGGAGAAGAUGGCAAGCGUCGCAAGACUCCGGCAAUGCGUGCCACACUUCAAGGCCUGGUCGUGAGGCAUCGACUCGAUGUCGUGAGCUUAGAAAUUACCAUUCCGAAGCUUUAUAAUCGUGUCGUUUAUCUCGAACCAACAUUUCAUGACCGCUUAUCAAUCAACUUGUUCCUGUUUGGUCUGGCUGUCAAUUCGAUUACGUCCGAACGCCAGGGCCCAGAUUACAUAUUUGACCCCAGCAAUUGGAAGCAUCUCAAUCAGACAAUAAACAACCUACGCCAGGCAGGAUUCUGGUGGGCAGGCUCUGAUGUUAAUCCACAGGAUUCGAUUGAUCAUGCACUCAAAUAUCUUGACUCAAACAGAGAGAAGAUGACGUCUGGGGAUAUCCAGCAGCUCGUUCAGGGAAUUGAUAUUGCCCAAAGAGCAUUGAAUUCUCGUAGUUGGCAUGAAUACAAGAAUCUUCACGAGUUGGGUGUCUAUGUCCGGGGAUUUCCAGAAGAUCAUCGAGCCCAUUGGGCGCUGGACGGAGCGGAUCCGGAGAAAGAACCUUUUCUCAUCGGCAUUACACAGGCUUGUCGUGCCCAACAGUUCGUCACGCAAAAUCUCAAACUCUCAGAUCCUACCCUUGGCCUGUCUGGUGCCGGCAUUAAAGCCCGUUCGGAGCUUAAACGACGUGAUAAACGCGCCGCAACCAAGGGCGCUCCGGAGUCAACUACUUCACCAACAACACCGGGUUCAAUGAGCCACAGCCCCAAGCCGAAAAACAUUAAAUCUCCUAAAAAGACGUUCACUAAGAACCUCUUUCACACACUUGCUUCGGACUCGCCGCUCCAAAAAACUCAAUUUGUCGCUACAGCCUCAGCCAAAUUGACAUAUCUUCUCGACCAAGUCUCGAAAUUUCAAGCAUCGGAGAAGAUCAUCAUUUUCUACGAUAACAACAACUCUGCAUUCUGGAUUGCCGAGGGACUUGAGCUUCUUGGAGUCGAAUUCCGUAUCUACGCCAGCACUCUAAAACCCGAAUUGCGGACCGAGUAUCUCAGGCUCUUCCGUGAGGCCGACGACGUCCGUGUUCUCCUUAUGGACCUCCGCCAAGCCUCACACGGCUUGCAUAUCGCGCAGGCAUCGCGCGUAUUCAUAGUUAAUCCAAUAUGGCAACCCAACGUGGAGAGUCAGGCCAUCAAGCGUGCUCACCGUAUCGGCCAGACAAGACCAGUGUAUGUGGAAACGCUUGUGCUUAGAGACACCCUCGAGGACCGAAUGCUGUAUCGUCGGAAAGAAAUGUCCGACGAGGAAAUCCAAAAUGCAGAGAAGAGUUUGCUGGACGAUAAUACGAUGAGCCAUAUUAUCCAGAAAGAGCCCUUCUUGCCAAUGGGCGAUGAAGAUAGUACCGCUGCAGCGUAUCUCGAUUACUCGAGUGGCUUCUUCAAUCGACAUAAGUUGCCAAUUCCCGAUGAUGAGGUUAUGGGCCUGCGGGAAUUGCCGAAAAUGAAGCGGCUGCAUGGCAUCGAGGGAUCAGAUGCUGAUACUGAUUCCGAUGUUGCGAUCAUGUCUGGGAGCCCUAUACCUAAAAGACCGCGCCUUGGCUUUGCGUCGGACGUGCAGAUUCUUGGUGAUGAGCCUGUGUCUGAGUCAGCACAGCCUUCGUUCUCUAAAUCUCCACCGGUUUCCACGGGGUCGGUAGAUUUUGGUAAAAAAGAUGAAGGGCGGCGAAUUUCUCUGUUUGGAGGUCCAUGA